AAAUCCCACCACCACACAAACCCUCGCACGUUCUCUUUGUUCUGCCUUUCACAUGCUUCUUGAAGCAUAGGCGUUUCUUCUUCCGUUAGCGAUGGAGAGUAAAAGGAGGCGUAAGGAGUCCCACGCCUCUUCCUCUACCCUAGACCCGUCCCUCUCCCUCUCAUCCUCCUCCGCCGGCGACGUAGACCGGCUUACUCAGCUGCCGGAUGUCCUCCGCCUUUACAUACUGUCUCUUCUUCCGCUCAAAUUCGCCAUUCGAACCGGUACACUUUCAUCUGAAUGGCGCCGCUUAUGGAUGUAUCGCUGGCCCCAGCCGUCCAUUAUCAAUAUCUCCCCCGUUCCUUCUCUUCUUCACUCCGAAUUGGUCUCCCUUGUCGACGAUUUUUUCGGCCGCCGCGGAUGCGCACGUAUUGACUGUUUGCAUAUUACUUACUCCCCCUCUACUCUCCAAAUCCCUGACAUCAAGCGCUGGCUCAACUACGCGGCCUCCUGCUCCGUCUCCGAUUUCUAUUUAGACCUAACUCUGACGCCUUCUUCUACAAAUACCAGCCGCCGUCGCGGCUCCCGAGCCGCCGCAGCAGCUGCAGCUCACAUCCUCAACUUCAAUUUCAGGAGUCCUUCCCUUUCUCGCCUUACCCUCCGAGGAUUCCACCUGGCUUCUUCGCAUCCUUCCUUUAGGAUGUUCUCUUAUUCCCUUGAAAUCUUGAACCUUUGGGAAAUUUACCUCAGUUCCGCUUCCCUCCGUCGAAUUCUCGUUACUUGCCCGGUCCUACGCUCGCUCUCUAUCCGCCGCUGCCACGAUUUGAAAAAGGUCGUUGUUCCGGUCGCAGCGCUUAGGCUUACUCGCCUUACCGUCGUCGACUGCAAGAAAGUAAGCGAGAUAUCUGUUUCAGCACUGGGGCUUCGAUCGUUCCGCUUUAGCGGGGCACUUCUCAAGACUUACCAUAUCCAAAGCGCCGCCAUGUUGGAGGAUGUGUUCAUUAGCAGCGGCAUGGCCGUGCCGGCGGUGUCGCUGGGAGAUUGGGUGAAACCGUUGGGUGAGUUGGCCAGUUUGAAGGUUCUCAGUGUCUGCAGCAUCACGCUUGAGUGCAUUGCUGCUUUGGGUGCUCGCGCAGAGGUUGGAUUCCGGUUGUUUCCGAAUUUGGUAGAAUUGCAGCUGCUGAUGGCAAUGAUGGCAGAUAGUAAUCUUUCUGACAUAUAUGGCUUUUUCAAGUACUGCCCAUGCCCGAGAUUGGAGAAGCUUUUUGUAGAGCUUCCCAUGAGCGCAUGUGAUCCCAGUGUAGCGAUGUACUUGCAAGUGCCCAGGGAGGAGCCACCCAAAGGUGGUUUUAGCAAUCUGAAGCUUGUGAAGAUGAAUGGAUUUAAAGGGCAUUUGAAUGAGAUGGAGCUGGCAGGUGUUUUGUUAAUGAAGUCAGGUAACCUCGAGCAUUUUUCUGUGGUUGCUCCUUGGGGUAAUAGUGGAGAGAAAUCUGAGAGUAGUUCAGGAAAUAUGAUGCAAUGUCUUUCUACACAAUUGUCUUUAUUACCAAAGGCAUCAGCAAAAGCUUCCAUAAUUUUGACAGAAAAUGAUAAUUCCAAGUUUCUACCGGUCCAUUCUGAAGUCUGAAAUAUGGUUUUAUUUGCUUUGCUAUCUCCUGCCAAUGUGUAAGUAGAGGUCCAACCAGAAAAUGGUUCUUUUACUCGGAAAAGAUAUUUUGAUAUCCUGUAUUGGAAACAGUUUAGUUCAUACAGUUUAUACAGCUGGUGUUUUCUCGUCUAGGAUAUUAAUGAAAAUUUGAUUCUUUUGAUUUUGA